GGUUAAGGUGCAUAAGCCAAAGCUUAUGCACCGUGCAUAAGCCCAAUAUAAUUGCUUAUCACACCCCGUCCAUUGCUUCUACACCCCCAACAGAUCUCUUCCCAACUCUCGUUUCAUUCAUCAUUCAUUCAUCAACAACAUGGUUAUCACCAUUCAUCAUUCAUCAACAACAACACGAAACAACAUCAUCAACAUCAUCAUCAUCAUCGCAGAAACCAUCGCCAUCACUAUCACCGUUCACUGUCAUCGCCAUCACCGUCACCGUUCACUGUCAUCGCCAUCGCCAUCACCGAUUUCAUCCGCCGGGAACCAAACCACAACAUCAUUCAUCAUCAUCAUAACCGUCACCGUUCAUCGCCAUCACUGAUUUCAUCAACAUCGCCGCGAACCAAACCACAACAUCAUCACGGGUAUCAUCAUCAUCACCAUUCUUCCUCAAGUUUCUUCCUCAAAUGAUGAAAACAAAACAGGAAAUUAAGUUUAUCCCAAAAGUCAUGUGUGAGCCUGUUGACGAGAACUUAACAUUUAACGGAAACCAGUUAGAAAAUGGUGAUAUUUUAUGCUUUCAGAAAGCUUCUGCUAUUGAUACUGAGAAACAUAUUCGCCAUCCUGAUGUGCCGUCAUACUUGGAGUUGACGAGUCAGGACCAAGCUUCAGCCUUGGCCUAUCGCAGUCAUCAGACUCGAAGGCUUCAUCUUCGCAUACUACCCGACAACAAAGGGGAAAAUGCAAGCUGCAAAAGCAACUGAAUAGAAGCAGAAACCUACCGAGGCUGAACAUAGGUUGAGACACAAAUUGAGCAUACCUAAAGUGUAUAAUAUUAUGCAAUCUGUCAAUGGAAAAAAACAAAAAAGAAGAUAAUUGAGGUAUUGAACGAAUACGGGUUUGGAGGAAUGCUGCACAUUUGCAAUUGGACAAGAAGCUGCAACAUGAUGUCUAGGUUCUAGAUGAUGUCUUACUAAGUUUUUGGAUUUGUAUAUAGAUAAAUUUUUGAAUUUCUUGUUAUGUUAGUUUAUGAUAGAUUUCUGAAUUUUUGAAUUUUUGAAAAUGCCUUGCUCAAAUAGGUUCUAGAGGAUAUAAUGAGUGACCAAGAGUCAGAGACCAGGUUGAAACUUUUUUAUGUAUUCAUUGUUGAGUCUCUGACAUGUGAGUUGGUGUAUGAAGAAUUGGUGGAUCAUGUCUUAAUUCCCAAUUUGGUGGAGAAAGCAUAUUUGUUAUUUAUUAUGAGUUAUGUCAUUUUGAUAUUAUUGAGCAUGACUAUUAUACACCAAAAAGGAAGAAUUUGACUUUCACAUUGUUGAAAA